GUCUUCUUUGAGAAGUGCAAAAUGUUUUCUGAAUUAUAUUGCUGAUGUGGAAGUUUACUUGAGUGUUUUUGUUUGGGAAAAAUCAGUGUUUUGUUUGGAAAAAAAAUUAUUCCUAAUAUUGUGUUGUGUGGAGUUACAGCUUGUUCAAAUAAGAGAAUACUGUUCAUAGGAAAGAAGUCAUAUAAAGAACACAAACUAGGUAUUGUUUUGUAAUAAGUACUACAUGAACGUUCGAUGGCUGAUGUGAAAAUUAGUGUAGAUGAAGACGGUCUUGUGUCACAAGUUACAGAAAGUGUUGAAAAAGAACAAGAAAAAAAGGAUUUUAGGAAAUUUGUAGUUUGUGCACUUGGAAUAUUUGUUUGCCAUUUUAUACUUGGAAUUUUACAGGAAACAAUAACUAAGGGUAAAUAUGGCUCAGGAGAAAAACAAGAGAAAUUUACAUACACCUUGGCCCUGGUGUUUGUACAGUGCAUUAUCAAUGCUUUAUGCGCUAAAGCAGCAAUGACAGUGUUUUCAAGGGAUGCUGAUACUACACCAAUGAAGAUGUUUGCAGCAUGUUCCUUGACUUACCUUGGAGCUAUGUUGGCCAGUAACCAGUCGUUACAAUACAUUUCCUACCCCACACAGGUUCUCGGAAAAUCAGUGAAGCCUAUUCCGGUUAUGGUCCUUGGCAUAUUGUUUGCUGGAAAACGGUACCCACAUGCAAAGUUCCUGUUUAUAUUGAUGAUAUGUAUCGGUGUAGCCAUGUUUAUGUACAAAGAUAGGAAGCCUACUGAAACUGAGGCCAGUCAUACAUUUGGUUUUGGUGAAGUUUUGUUGAUUGUGUCCUUGACCUUUGAUGGAUUGACAGGGGCCACUCAGGAUAGAAUGAGAUCUAAUCAUAAAACAGGAGCAUAUCACAUGAUGUUGUUUGUCAACUUGUGGUCCAUACUUUGGCUAGCUAUAGGUUUGGUAUUAUCAGGAGAAGGCAUAGCAUUCCUAGGUUUUGUACAAAGAUUUCCUUCUGUAUUGCCAAAAAUGGUAACGUUUGGUAUAGCCAGUGCCAUAGGACAGGUUUUUAUUUUCAUCACUGUGACAUCAUUUGGACCACUGCCUUGUUCGAUCAUCACCACCACUAGAAAAUUUUUCACCAUCUUAGGAUCUGUUAUUCUAUUCUCAAACCCCAUGAAUUCUCGGCAGUGGUUAGGCACUGUACUAGUAUUCAUGGGUCUUGGGCUUGACAGUGCUUAUGGCAAAGAGAAAAAGGAUGCCAAGACAGAAAGAUAAUGAUAAUUGUUUUUUUAGGUUUAACUUUAUUUGAUUUUAUAUUUAUUGGGGAAAAGAUUGAGCUGAGAUUCGGCAGGAGUUACGAUAACAAAGAUGGCUGAACUAAAGAAAUGUUCUCGUGUCUUGUGUUGUCUUAGUGAGUAUUCUGUUGUGUAACAGAUAUGUUAUAAUAGGAUUAUGAUAACAGUACCUGGAUCUGUAGUGUUGUAUUUGGCUUGAAAUUAUUUUGCUAAGCCUGGAUCCAAUGAGGGGGUCGCACCAAGUGUUAUCCAGUCUGGCAAAAUCCAUGAGUCAGAGUCAGAUACAUCCUUACAGGUCAAGGUGCUGCUUUAAUGGCCCUUUUAUUAUAUACAUGUACCUAUUUGUACUGUAAAUCAGCCAAAAUGAGGCUGAAAAUUCCUUUGAACCAGUGAACUUUCUGAUGCAUAGAUCAUUGCACAUAAAACAAUUAUUAGUUCCCUACCCACCACACCCCACAUUCAAAAAUUUCCAUAUACGAUGGGAAUUAACCUUUAGCCUGCUGUCCGCAAGUGAUUCUGCCUUUGCGACCAGCACAGACCAAAACCAGCCUGCACAUCCAUAUACGUUAAUCAUGGUCUGCACUGUUUGCUAUGCAGUCAGUAAAUUUUCAGUGAACAUCCCUUAAAAUAAUAAAUGGUACUGAGGAAAUUGAAUGAUGGACAAGUCUAUUUUAGAAAUUUAGGGUAAAUGUAAGAUACAGGGAUUUGAAUUAAUUAGUGAAUUUCAGAUUUUCUGACACAAAAUUUGUACGUAUAUGUUAAAAAUUGAUAUUAGAUAAUAUAAUUAUGAAAAACUGUAUAUGUCGAAAGUGAUUCAUAUAGAAAUAAUGAACUGUUGUUAAACAGUGACGGCUUAUAAAAAGGGGUGCAUUUAUCUGUUUUGAAUAUUUCAGUCAUGAAUUUUAUCAGUACAGUUUCUGCUACUUGUACACGAUUUUGUCAUAAAGACUGUAUCUCUUACAUUGAUGACUGAUUAACAGUAUUAACAUUUUAUGGAGGGGCCUCUGUGGUCGAGUUGAGGUCGCAGACUUUGAAUCAUAUGCAGGUUUUGAGUUUUUAGGGUUGCCAUGUGAGGAAGCAAUCCAGUUGGAGUGUGAAAUGUCAGUUCUGCUCAUAUGUUCGUCUGGGUCUGAAAUUAUGAUGGAAGGGAGUGCAAAUACAUAUGGGCAGAUCCAUGAGAAAACCUGUUUUAGUGAUACGAUGUCUUUAUUGCACAGUAAAUAGAUUAAAAUACUGAAAAAUCACUGUUUUCCUUAUGGUCAUGUAGAAACUAGUGUAUUGUGCUUGGGUUAUAUAUUGGAAAACAAAUUCUACCAUAUUUUACAAAUAAAUGUUAUUUGUGUUGUCUUGGCAACCGAAAUUCCAAACCAUCCAUGUACCAUAAGAAUUCGGAAGUGUAUAUAUAAUAGGCCUGUGAUGAAACCAAAAAUACAUUUAGUUAUUUUUAAGUAAAAUCAUUUAAACUGUUUCUCAGUGUAUUAUGUUGCAUAAUUUGUUGCAUAAAUGACAUGAAAAAUACACGCCAAGCACAAUGACAUCAUACUGAAAUAGUGAAGAUUUUGUUAUCUCAGUUUUGACUUUUUUGUCACUAAUACAGGUUUUGUCAUGGAGCGGCCCACAUUAUUAUUAAUGAAAUGCUUUUAUCUGGGUAGCGGGUGGGGGGAGGGGGGUCAGGUAUGAUACAGUUCCAGAAUAUGACACAACAAGCAAACAGUAGCCUUGUAUAUUCAUAUGGGACUCAAAAUAUCCCAUUUUCAAAUAUAAUUUAUUUUAUUUUGCUGGGUUUAAAGUCGCACCGACACAAUUAUAGGUCAUUGGCGACUUUCCAGCUUUGAUGGUGGAGGAAGACCCCAGAUACCCUUCUGUGCAUUAUUUCAUCAUGAUCGGGCACCUGGGUAGAACCACCAAUCUUACAUAAGCCAGCUGGAUGGCUUCCUCACAUGAAAAAUUGAACGCCCUGAGUGAGGCUCGAACCCACAUCGAUGAGGGGCAAUUGAUUUGAAGUCGGCGACCUGAACCACUUGGCCAUGGAGGCCCCUAUUUUCAAAUAUAAAGGUGACCUUUAUGUAGUAUGAAAUGUAUGAAAUGUAAAACUGAUACAUGUUUAACAAAGUGUUGUAUGAUAUUAUACCUCACCUAAAUCUUGGUAAGGGUGAGCUAUUAGUAUAGUGGGAUGGUCUGGUUUCCAUUUUCCUGCAUCAACAUUUUAACAUCUUUUGUGAAACCACUGGUCAGAUUUACACUUAACUUGGUCUAUGAAAUGGUGGCGUGGACCUGUCUCAGAUUUAUUCCAAUGGUUUUGCUUGAAGGGACAGCAAGAGCUAAAAAAAAGAAGAAAAAAAAACAACUUCUUUUCAGUUUACUAGAUCUGUAGCAUUCUUGUUUGUUCCCCUCUCAGGUUUGUUCAUUGGUUUUGCUUGGUCCUUUUUGUAGGUCACCAAAGCUAAAAAUAGAAUUUUUUUUUUUUUAAACUUCUUCUUAUUAACUGGUUAUUAGAUCUUAACCAAACUUGGUCUGUAGCAUCAUUGUAUGAACAUCUCCUAUUUUGUUUUUCAGUUAUUUCAGUUUGGCCUGAAUAGAAAGACCUGUAAACAAUUCCUUUGAUUGAAAAAUGUCUCAUUAACUUGUUGCUGGCUCUGCAUCAGACUCGGUCUGUAACAUCCAUGUAUGAACCCAUCUCAGGUUUAAUUGAAUGAUCGGGCUUGGCUCCUUUUAUUGGCCUGGCCACAGAAGCUAAAAAUAGAAAGAAAAAAAAACAACAUGUCUAAUCCUCGUUAAACAAAAUUUUUGCAUUUACUGUAAGACGUGACAUGUAGUUAAGAUCAAAAGGUCAAGGUCAAGUGGGCGUCUUUGGGGUCAUAAUGACCUUUUACCCGUAAUGCUGUUGGAAACUUUCUGUCUCAGACAGUGUGAUUAUGAAAAAUAAUUUCACUGGAAUGGAACUAUGCUCUAUCAUGACAGACUAGGAAUUAUGAACAAUAAAAUGAUAAAACUAAAAAAUUUAUUGCUUUUAGGCAUUUUCUGCCAUAAAGAAGCCUAACCGUUUGUUUUGUCAAUGAUGUUCUAAUUUUCUAAAGAAGCCUAACCUUUUGUUUUGUCAAUGAUGUUCUAAUUUUCUAAAGAAGCCUAACCUUUUGUUUUGUCAAUGAUGUUCUAAUUUUCUAACAACUAUAUUUGUAUAUUAGUAGAUAUAAUUUUGUCAUUAUUUGGGCAACCCUGCAGGGUACUAAAAUCACUUGCAGAUAAAUAUAUAUAAAUCAUUAAUAUGUAGGAAAUUUAUGUUGUUUUUAGUGAAAGAUUACUUCUGAAUACUUAUGUUUUCCCCCUGUGCCAUUAUGAAAAUAUUUCAUUUGAUGACAACCAUCAUAUGUAUCUUGAAGCAUAUGCACAAAUGAAUCUCACAAGUGACAUCUUCCUGAUAAACUAAACAGGAAGUUUUAAGUUAUUGUGAGCUCGUAUAUUUUCACUGUUUGAAAACUGAAAAAUACAUGAUAGAACAAUUGUUUAUGUUGCAGUUGGUAUUUCUGCUGCUAAAUGUUUGACAUGAAUGAAAUAUAGAACUAACUAGAUAUAAGUAGUACAUGUAUUUAGUUGAUUUAAAAGAUUUACACUACUGGUAGUAUGUAAAAAUGUGAAAUGUAAGAAUAUUGUAAAACUUGGAAAAAGGUUAAAAAGUAUUGUAAAAUGCAAGGAAAAGUGCAGAAAAAUUGCAAAAAUAUUGUAAAGUUAAAGUGCAGAAAAAUGUAAAGGUGCAGCAAAAAGUGCAAGAAUGUUAUUGAAGUGCUAGAAAGAAGUGUGAAGGUAUUGUAAAAAGCAAGAAAAUUAUAUUGAUGAAAGAACAGCUCUUAAUUUAUGUCACAUCAUCAUAUAACUGCUGAAGUUAAACAUUUAUCAAAUAAUCAAGGCCUUCAAGUGGUUUGUCAUCUAAUUUAUCAUAAAUCAAGAGUUUCGAUUAGCAGGAACUGAUCAACAAGUGCGUUAGUCCGAGUGGUUUAAUAUCUGAGCAUCUAAAUGAUGAACUUAAAGUAAUGUUAAAAUUAGAAGAUAAACCUCAAGAAGACUUGACUUUUCAUUCUUACAUGUUCAUUUAAAUAUUUUGAUAAAUAUUAUGCUGGACUUUAAUUAUGCCCGAAAUGUCACAUGACAAUUUUAACUCUUAAUAUGCUCUGUCAUACAACCAUGUGUCAGCCUUUGUUUAUCACAGAAAAUACAGAUCUUGGCAUUCUUCUUUGUGUAACAAACAGUCAAAUCAAGCCACGAUAGUGAGUGGAUUUGAGCACCAUUACGGCAUUGACUGCAUGCCUGUUCAUAUAACACCAGGUUCUAAGUUUAUAAAUUUGAGAUUGGAGACCAAUCUCAGAAUCGUGCUUUGUCAUUGGUCACAUUCAAGAGCCCAGCUCAAAAUCAACCAGUCAGAUGCUAAAGAUUCUGGGCUGGUUUCCGUUCUCAGUAUAACCUUGGAUCAUGCUCUGGACAGAGUUGAGAGUGGCUUAAAGAAGCUGAAAGAUUUUGUCUCAGUCAAGUUCGGUGUAAGCUUAAAUGAACCAAAAGAAUUUACAAACUUGUUUUGCUGGAAUGUAGAUGAAAGCACACUUUAAUGUGGUAAUUAAUUGAUUAAUAUCUUAAGCCCAGCAGCAUGUUGAUCCUUUAUAUUGAUUAGUGUGUUACAAACAGAUGUCAUUAAUGUAAACCUAUAUAAAACUGCUAGCUUUAGAAAAAGUUUUAUUUAUGAAUCAGUUUUUAUUGGCCAUUAUCUGGCCAUAUUGCAUAAAAGUUAUAAAACUGUGUAACAGCCUUUACGCAAAAAUAACUGGCAUUGUUUUGUUUUGUUGAGGAACAACAUUUACUUAUAUUGAUCUUGAAUCAUACUUUUACAAAAUUUGCCAUAAAAUGUUGCAUUAAAGUAUUUGUAUUGCAUUGUAUAUGAAAUAUGUUAUUUGAAUUUUAUUUGUGUGAUUAUUGUCUAGUGGGGGCCAAGGAGUAUUUUAGAAUUUUAUUGUUGUUAUUUGAGAUCAAAUCUGUUUAUUUGCAUUGAAUGUUUUUGAUGAUUGCAAAAUGUUGUUAACCUUUAGCCUGCUGGCUUCAUGUGAAUCUGCCUUUGCGGCCAGUGCAAACCAAGAUCAGCCUGUACAUCCAUGCAGGCUAAACUUGGUCUGCACUGUGGGCUACUCAGUCAGUAAUUUUUUAGUGAAUACCCCUUUAAAUGAUUAAUGGUACUGCCAAAUAGAAUGAUGAACCAGUCCAAUUUUUAGAAAUUUUAGAAAGGGUAAAGGUUAAAAAGUUUAGUCAGACCACUCAUAAACAGCGAGCACCUGGCUGAAAUUACCUCUCGUUUUUAAAUAAAAAACCAACUGCUUUUCCCAAAUGUGGUCAUUAUAAUUUCUUAUCAGGUUAUAUUGGUAAUGCAGACAAAACUUUAUUAAAAUAUUACCAUAGGUUCUUCCCUUACAUUUUGUUGUUAAAAAAACACAUUUUAUUUCAUUAUUGAAGGCAGUGUACAAAUUUUUGUGAACAAUAAAAAUCUAUUUUAUGGUAA